AUCUAUUAGUCCAACCUCCGAAGUCGUGCGUAGUGAAAGCAGAGCGCUAUCACUAGACUUCAACUUUUAUUAGCGUAGAGUAGUUUGUAUUACCCAAAAACAAUUAAACUGAGUUGUUUAUUUUUGUAAAAGUGGAAUCUCCGGGGCUUUGCAUCUUUUGUGCUAAGGAAAGGGAGCAACACGGGUUGUCUUCAUCUACGGGAAUUAUCUGCUACAACUCGACAACUGAGCUCCACUUUUGACAUUUCUGAAGAUUCUUUAUGAGAGGGAUUUCAGUUCUUCUGCAGGAAAAGUACAUCGCGCUGCCAUCGGGGAGAAUUCCUUUUCUGCGUCCUGAGAUACGCUCAGCUUUACUGUAAUGGCGGGAAGAGACGUCACGUUUUGCUUUGUCCUCUCCUUUUGCUGCAUGGCCUCUGCUGGUCCGCUGUCCCGUAGCCCAUGUGAGCUGCUGCCUCUUGGGGAGGGUCACCCUGUGCAGGCACUGCAGAAGAGCUUCACUGCGUUGUCAGGCUGUGCCAGCAGAGGGACCACAGGCCUCCCCCAGGAAGUGCAUGUCAUCAACCUGAAAAGCAACAGUCCUGAGAGGACUGAAGAGGGGCAGGCUGAGGUGGUUCUUCAUCUGAAGCCCAUCCAGUCCCUCCAGGUCCACCGUAAGCCCCUGGUCUUCGUGCUGAACUCACCCCAGCGUCUGCUAUGGCGAAUCAGAACUGAGAACCUCGCUCCCAACGUCAGGCGCGUCUUCCACGUAUCCAAGGGCUCGGACAUCCAUUUUGAGCCGGGGAAUUUUUCCCUGUCCUCUGAGUUGGUGAGGCAGACUCUUCCCCAUGACAACGAGCAUCUCCUGACCUGGGCCCAAAAUGAGUACAGGGCUGUCACCUCCUUCUCUGAGCUCAAGGUCGCCCAAAACAUCUACAUCAAAGUGGGAGAAGACCCCGUGUUUUCGGACACCUGCAAGAUUGACAAGAACUUCCUGUCCCUAAACUACCUGGCGAGCUACGAGCAUCCUCAGCCAUCGCGGGGCUGCGUUCUUUCAGGCCCCGCCCCGGACCGUGAGGUCCACAUCAUCGAGCUGCAGGCGCCCAACUCCAGCAGCGCCUUCCAGGUUGAUGUGAUCGUGGAUAUUGGCCCGCUGGACGGGAACGGGCCCCUGCGGCGGGACCUGGUGCUCCUGCUUAAGUGUGGAAAAUCUGUUAACUGGGUGAUCGAAGCCCACGGUGUCACUGGCAAGCUGGAGAUUCUGACCUCUGACAGCGUGGGUCUGGGUUCUGACACGGAGAGGAUGAUGCAGAUGACCAAGUCUCCCAAGCAGCACCUCCCUUCUGGGUCCCAGGCCAUGAUCAAGUGGGCCGAGGAGCACGGCUACAGCCCGGUCACCUCCUUCACCCACACGGCUGUGGCCAACCACUUCAACCUCCGGCUGAGGGAGCCAGAUGUGUUGGAAGAUGGUCUGGAGAAAGUUUCCCCUCCAAAGCCGGCCAUCCCGCCUGAGUUUAACCCCCACCCAGGCCCCGGGGGCUCUGGAAGCCACUCGAUGCUGCCCUUCCCUUUCCCCUACUUUCCCCUGCCCGGCUCGGUGGAGGAGCAGCCCGAGGAGCUGGAGGAGCAGCAGGGCAGCCUGGAUGUCGGCCUGAGUGUUAAGUGUGAGGAGAACAGGAUGGUGGUGACCUUGGACAAGGAGAGUCUGCAGGUGAGCGGAUAUCAAGAAGCUGAGCUCACCCUCCAGGAUCCUUCAUGUAAGGCCAGACUCAAUGCCACUCACUACAUACUGGAAACCCCAUUGAAUGGCUGCAAGACCACCAAGUACCAGUUCCCUUCCAGCCCCACGGUCACCUACAUAAACUCGGUCCUGAUUAACCGAUCGGAUCCAGAAGAUGGAAGUGGCUUGCCUGUGGAUGAUGAGGACGUGCAGUCUGGAGACAAUGGCUUCCCUGUUGAUGAGGAGAGGGGGGCAUUCCUUGAACACAUAGAACCAAAGCUUGCUCACAUCAUGUUUAACUGCACGUACAGGAAGCUGCAGGAUCUCCCGGUCAUCUUCUCUGGGGUCGCACCCAGAAAGCACACAAAACCCUGGGACAACGACAUGGAGUUCAACAUGGAGCUGUACGACUCUGACCUCUUCCUUCAGCCUGCAACCCACAGCUUCUUCAAGGUCUCAGAAAACAAGUCAGUCUUUGUGGAGGUCACUGCAAGCAAUGCUGAUAUGGAAGUCGGGUUCAUGAUUCAGUCGUGCUUCAUCACACCCAGUGCCGACUCCGACUCCUCUGACUACACCCUCAUCGAGAACGUCUGCCCUACGGACGACUCGGUGUCCUUCUACUCCCAGGAGCUCCCGGUCUCCCCCGGCAACGCUGGCAGGAAGAGGUUCCGUUUCACUUUCAGGUCAAAGUUCAACAUGUCCCUGCUCUACCUGCACUGCCAGAUGUCCCCGUGUUCCGGAAGCCUCCCGAACGGACAGGGACUGCCUGAGUGUGUGCCGCCGAAGCAGGCCUGCGACUCUCUCAGCGUGGACGUGAUCAUUGCCAUGACGCGGUUCACCAAGACCACCACCAAACAGCUGUUCGGCAUACCUGAGGCCCCGCUCCCCGAGCCGCAAGCUACCCCCAGCAAGUUUGUUCCCCACGUUGCCGCAGAAAAGGAUGAAAAAUGCAUAGUGUACGUCCUGGACACUCCCACUGUGGUUGGGAUUGCUUUUGCAGCCUUUGUGAUUGGAGCACUCUUAACGGGAGCUUUGUGGUUCAUAUACUCACACACAGCAGGUGAGUCGGCAGGGCGGCAGCAGGUCCAGAAGUGUCCGCCGGCCUCCGAGAACAGCAGCGUAGCGCACAGCAUCGGCAGCACACAGAGCACGCCCUGUUCUAGCAGCAGCACCGCCUAGUCCACCUGCGGGGGGGCCACCCGAAGGGCGCCACCCACAGCCUGGGAGGACAGCAAGGCCCCUCCAGGUCACAUAGACUGUUUGCUGAUGUCCACUUUCCCAGGAUGAAAGGGAUUAUUUUGGGUUGCUUUUGCCAAUGGAGAAUAAUGUGGUUCUUUCUUGGUCUUUUUUUUUUGGGGGGGG